UCAUCGUAUCACAACGUCACACUGCACAGGUUGCAGUGACGAGCACUUCGAAUGCCCAAAAUACGUGUGUCGAGGAAAAAUGAGUGUGUUCCGAGUUCUCUCCAAAGAAAGCUCUCAUCCAAGUGGAAGGAAGUCCAAGUAUAAUUCUCUGUCCAAGCUGUCUCAACAGAGUCUUGCGAGUAGGCAUCGUUCUCCGACACAUCCGACGAUGCAUCAGCAAGGCAUGGACUUACCGAGCCUCCCGAACGGAACGAAGUGUCUCUUUUUGUCUGGCCUAGUUCCGGCGAGCGCAACGUGUCUGGAACGUCUUUCUCUGACAUUUGAGACAAUCACACCGCUGUCGUUAAUACAAAAUACGAGCACGCACCGUCACGUGCGUGACGUUCGCCGAUGGAAGUGCGUUGUAAAGGACGGGUGUUGCAUGGACACUUCGAUUUAUUUAUUUUAUUGAGAGUUAUCGUCCAAGGAGG